AUGCCUUCAUUCCCCUUCAGGCGUCAAGGUGGCAAUGGUAGCAACCAGAGAGGACCCCUAGACUACUCGGGCAUCCAGCCUGGUCGAACGAUGGCCUCUGUGAUUGGACGUCGUCGUUUUCCACACAUACACGCACCCGGUCCCGGGUUCAGAAGUGCAGAACACCUCGUCAGACAGCCACACCCUAGAGCACAAGCUCACUAUCAGGACAUCCCCGUACAGGCUCGCCACGGUCUAUUCAACGAUACCCAUAACCGCCAUCAAGUCGGCCCGCAGACUCGAGCCCACAUAUCCGCACAUCAACUCGCACAUAUGCGAGGGGCGCAAACUGUCCCAGUUCGCGCCGUUGCCGAUGGUCACAGAUGCCAUCAAGCCGCUUUUACACCUACCACCCGCCCCCAGCCUCGUCGUGUGCAUCUCGUCAACCUACAAACUGGCCCACCCGUAACUAUACGUGCUCGACGGCCAGAUGGAAGGCAUCACGCCGACCCCCGCCCCUGUCAUCACAGACGAAGACGACUCCACGAUACGUCUGAUAUAUACACUGACGGGGAGCAUACAGUAGUCUUCGACGAAUCUGAUUGGUCCUCUGACGACGAGUCUCAAUUAGGUGUCCCAUCCUUCCUCAGGGAGGAACAUGAUCGCAGACGCCGGAGGCGAACUGGUCGACGGCGUGUGCACUCGAGGGACCGUUCACCUGAUGGCUCGUCUGCAGAUGAGUCUAUAUUUGUCUUCGAUGAUGAGUACGAUGAGCCAUGGUCGUCGGACCGACGCUGGGAUGACUCGCGCUCGUAUGUUCGAAAGAGGCCUGAGGAUAUGUACUGGUGGUUUGGGCAGUGA